GUCAAAGAGGAAAUAAAACGCCACCCUGCUACUCACACGCUCUCAUUUCUCUGAGUGCAACUAAUAGUGGAUAGGUGAGAUCGAGCUUAGACAGAUCACAAACUAGAAACAAAAGUCUAACUUAGGACAGAUAAAGCUCGUCGCUCUUGUUUAGCCUCUGGUGAAAGUGCCAAAACAACCGUGCGUAAUUACGCAUAAAAAAACAAUGAGUGCCACAACCGCCAUGGAAGUGAACGCCGAAGCCAGACGGAUCCUGGCCGUGUCGAUAAGCAAGCUGUACGCCUCCAGGACCCAGAGAGGCGGACUGAGACUCCACCGGAGCCUCCUGCUCUCCCUGGUCAUGAGGUCUGCCCGGGACAUCUAUCACUCCUCUCGGGAGAGCGAAGAGCUAUACGGCGCGCAGCCGGCUCCAGUGGAGCCGAUGGACACCAGCUCCAACCCGGAGGAACAAGCCGGGCAGCCCGAGUCUCAGCCUGAGCCCCAGCCGGCACUGAACUCAGUCGAGCCGGCCCAAGAAGAGCUGGACAGCGCGGAGGAAGGGUGUGAUAUUGAAAUCACAGAGGACAAAGAAAACAUGAACCCGGCAAGGCAGUCCAGGAAACGCCGGGGCAAGGCGUCGGCGGCGCCUGACUUCCUUCCCAGCAAGAGGGCGAGGCUGGAGCCCGGGGAGGAGAGGUAUGCGGCCCCUCUGGGCAGCUGUCGCGCCGGGGCAGGAGAGUCCCUGACCGCUUUGUCUCUAAAUCGGGUUAUACCUGCCUUCUGAACAGAUGGAGGGAGAAAAUAGCCUCCAAUGCGACUUUGGAACGGAGUGAUUUUCAACUCCUUGUUAACCUUAAAGGGCGGUUUGAUCCCUUUGCGCACCAAGGAGCUGACCUACAUCGGCAGCCCGGGACAGAAGGAUUACCGGGGCCAUGGUGCGACCUCUCCGGUCGAUCUGUGAGUGUGCCUGCCGGGCUGGAAAAGCCCCAACAGAGAUCAACAAGCAGAGAGGAAGAAGAAAACCGAGAACCAGUGGCCAAAGAAAAGAGAGCGACAGGCCGUAAAGUUUAAGGAAGAAAAUGAAGGGGAACUGGUUGUGUUGCUUUUUGUUUCGCGGUGAUUCACUUCAGUCAAAUGAGUCCAAACAAGUGACUGCUGCUGACUCAAAGUGUGUGUAUGUGUGAAUCAGCGAAGAGUGAUGUGAGUCAGUCAAAGAAGAAGUCAACGAUUAACCACAGAGCAACACACACACACCACACACACACACACACACACACACACACACACACACACACACACACACAC